AUGUCUAACGGAUACCUUACCUCCCCGCUCUCUCCGCCACGCCCAGCGUCCCGGCCCUCCUCAAGAGGCUCUCACAGGUCACAAAGCCCGAGCGUAACAUUGGGAGAUGAUUCUGUGGCCAUUCGAAACCAAAUGAGUACGCUUAAGCACAACAUCCGGCACCAGCAAGCACAACUACAACAGCUCGAAAACAACAUCCUCGCCUCCCGCCGCCCAUUGCCGCCCGGCUUCCUCUCGGACCCGCCCAUGUCGCCCUCGGAACUGGAGCAAUCGAUACGCGUGGGUCGCCGGAGCAGCUUCGAAACGCUGGCGGGGCUUGCAGGCCGGGAGUCAGGACUGCCGUUGCCGCGCCGCAAGCCGUCGCUGGGGGAUAUCGGGAUCCGGGAAGGUAUUCCGACCGGCUCGGGGUCAUAUAGGACGGGCAGUCCAACGCGUACACUGAGUCGCAUCCCCGUGUCAUCGGUCGGCAACGCUCGUGCUCUCGCUGGGGACGACUCCGGGAACACCUCCCAGUUCAGCAUGAGCCUCAAUGUUUCUACCUCAUCUUCCGGAGGCGGGGUCUCACCUCGGCGCGCCUCCUUUGCCCCCGGGAACACGACCAAGGUGCUUGCGGACCUUCAAGCGGGCGUGCUCAACGCAAAGAACGCGCUCGAGAACACGAAGGCGCAGCUCCGGGUGAGUCAGCGGCAAGUGAGCCAGCUGACGAGGCAAACGGAAGAUUUGAAGGAGGUCCGCGAGCGGCUGCGGCUAGAGAACGAGGGCCUGAACAACGUCGUGGCGCGCAAGGAGCGGCUGCUGCAGGAGGUGCUCGAGCGCGCGCGGAAAGCGGAAGCAGAAGUGAUCACGCUCAAGUCGUCGCUCAAGAACGAGUCAUCGACGUCGAAGAAGACCAUCCGGGACAUGGAGACGUCGUUGACCGAAUAUACGGGUCGGACACAGAAGGCGGAGCGGGAGUACACCGUCCUCCGGGACUCGAUCAAGGACCUUGUCGAGUCGUUCCAAAAGGAUGCGUUGACUUUGCGGGAGGAGGUCAAGCAACGGGAGGACAAGCUCAAGGCGGACGCGGAGGAGAUGGGCCGCAAGUACAAGCUGCUGCUCGAGCAGGUGCGGAAGGAGCGCGAGUCGGGCGGGUUGGGAGAGAUUCGGUGGCUGUUGCACGAGAACAAGCGGAUAUCGGAGCUCAUGGAGGUCACGCUCAAGGAGGAGAUGCAGGGACUGCGGGGAGAGGUCGACCGGCAUGCCCAGGAGAGCGACGAGGCGAUACAGACCGCAAAAGUGCUCGCCACCGAGCUCAGCCGACUACGGCGUCUCAUGCGACAAGCAGGAGCCGUUGCUGCGCAGGAAGCACGCCAUGGCCCAUAA